AUGGCUCUUCCCAAGACUGCCAAGGCUAUCGUAAAGCAAGACGCUGGGGUUGCCAUCAUCGAUGAGGUGCCGCUUCCCAAGCUCCGAGACGGCCAUGUGCUGGUCAAGACAAAGGCCGUCGCCAUCAAUCCCACGGACUGGAAGUACAUCGACCUCGAUGACCCCAAGACUAAUGGUGUAAGGAGCGGAUGCGACUUUUCGGGCGAGGUUGUGGCAGUUGGCGCAGGAGUCACCAACUUCAAGGUUGGCGAUCGAAUUGCUGGAUUUUGUCCCGGAGUGAACAUUCUUGAAAAGGAGGAUGGCGCCUUUGGAGAAUAUAUCGUCGCUCAGGCAGAUGUGCAGUUUCACAACCCUUUGAGCGAUGAGGAGGGAGCGUCCCUUGGAGUCUCAAUCUUCACAGUCGGCCAAGGCCUGUUCCAGAACCUAGGACUUCAGCUUCCAUCAGAUCCCGUCUCAACGCCCGAACCAAUUCUCAUCUACGGCGGCAGCACCGCUUCCGGUCUCCUAGGAAUCCAGUUCGCCAAGCUGGCCGGAUACAAAGUCAUCACCACAUCCAGCCCCCACAACUUCGACUACCUCAAGUCUCUGGGCGCCGACGUCGUCUUCGACUACCGAUCACCCACCGUCAUCGACGACAUCAUCGCUGCUGCCGACGGUGAGCUGACAGUCGCCUGGGACUGCAUCUCCCUCCUCCCCUCAGCCAAGAUCUGCGCUGCGGCACUCUCAGACAAGGGCGGAAAGCUAGGCUUGCUCCUCCCAGUGGACCCGGAUGUCAUCAGCCGCAUCAACCCCAAGAUCGAGUCAUCCAGCACUCUCGCCUAUUCAAUCAUGGGACAGUCCCUCAACCGAUACGGCAAAGAAUUCCCCGGCAGCGAGGAAGACAACGAGUUCGCAAAGGAGUGGAGAGACUUGUCUGAGCAGCUCUUCAAGGAGGGCAAGGCUAAGGCGGCCAAGCUUGACGUCAACCGCGGCGGCAGCGGCCUCGAGGGAGUCUUGGUGGGCUUGGAUGAGUUGCGCAACGACAAGGUUAGCGGAGUGAAGCUCGUUUACACCAUUUAG